CGGCGCUGCCGUUGGGAUGCGGGUGGAGGGGUGAGGGACGAGGAGCCGUCGCCGCUGCCGUCGUCUCAGAGAAAGGGGGUUGAGGCGCCGCUGCGGACUCGGAGCGGCGGUUUGAGCUCACGAGCGGCCCCUCCGGCGGCGCAAGCAGACCUUCCUCGUCCCCCUCCCUUCCCUUCCCUUCCUUCCUUCCCUCCGUCGCCUCGCUGCCGCCGUUGCCCUGGGGCCGGGCGGGCAACCGGGAGACCGCGGCGCUUGGAUGCCUGGAGCUCGCGGCAGAGACCUAGCCCCGAGCCCGCCAUGGGCUGCUGCGGGAGCGCCGCCUCGCAGAGUUCCAAACGAGAGUGGAAGCCUCUGGAGGAUCGCAGCUGCACAGAUAUCCCAUGGCUUUUGCUGUUCAUUCUAUUUUGCAUUGGCAUGGGUUUUAUUUGUGGCUUUUCAAUAGCUACUGGAGCAGCUGCAAGAUUGGUUUCAGGAUAUGAUAGUUACGGAAAUAUCUGUGGACAGAAGAAUGUAAAAAUAGAGGGAAUAGACAACAGUGGCCUAGAUCUUACAGAAAAAAAGUUUGUGUUUUUUCUGGAGCCAUGCAAUGUAGAUUUAGUACGUCGGAAGAUCAAGUCCAUUGCUCUCUGUGUAUCAGCAUGCCCACGUAGUGAAUUGAAAACUCUGGCUGAUGUUCAGAAAUUUGCAGAUAUUAAUGGUUCUGCUUUAUGUAGUUAUGAGUUAAAGCCAUCUGAAUACACUACACAUGUAAACGCUGCUAAGCUUUGCCCCAAUCUCCCAGUUCCAGAGAGUGCACCUAUUCCAUUCUUCCAUCGCUGUGCUCCUGUGAACAUUUCCUGCUAUACCAAGUUUGCAGAAGCGCUGAUCACCUUUGUCAGUGACAGUAGUAUCUUGCACAGGCUGAUUAGUGGAGUAAUGACCUGCAAAGAGAUUAUAUUGGGACUUUGCUUGUUAUCACUAGUGCUUUCCAUGAUUUUGAUGGUGAUAAUCAGAUAUAUUUCAAGAGUACUUGUCUGGAUCUUAACAAUUGUUGUUGUUUUGGGCUCACUUGGUGGCACAGGGGUAUUGUGGUGGCUGUAUGUUAAAAUGUGGAAGUCUCCCAAUGACACUCUUACUGUUGAACAGCUUCAAAUAGCCAAAGACAAUCGUCAAGCCCUCCUGAUUUAUGCCAUUGCAGCUACCAUCUUCACAGUUAUCUUACUAUUAAUAAUGCUAGUUCUGCGCAAACGAGUAGCUCUCACCAUUGCCUUGUUCCAUGUGGCUGGCAAGGUUUUCAUUCACCUGCCACUGCUUGUCUUCCAGCCAUUUUGGACUUUUUUUGCCCUCGUCCUCUUCUGGAUAUAUUGGAUUAUGGUCUUGCUGUUCCUAGGUAUUACUGGUAGCCCGGUUCCAAAUGAAGAGGGCUUAGUAGAGUUCCGAAUUAUAGGGCCACUGAAGUACAUGUGGUGGUACCAUGUCGUGGGGUUAGUUUGGAUCAGUGAAUUUAUUCUUGCCUGUCAACAGAUGACUGUAGCAGGAGCUGUUGUGACAUAUUAUUUUACAAGAGAAAAACGGAAUCUGCCAUUCACACCAAUUCUGGCAUCUAUCAAUCGCUUGAUCUGUUACCACCUUGGAACUGUGGCUAAAGGUUCUUUCAUUAUUACCUUAGUGAAGAUUCCAAGAAUGAUUCUCAUGUAUAUUCAUAGCCAAGUCAAAGGAAAAGAAAACGUCUGUGCUCGAUGUAUUCUAAAAGCCUGCAUUUGCUGCCUUUGGUGUUUAGAAAAGUGCCUGACUUACUUAAAUCAGAAUGCAUAUACAGCCACAGCUAUCAACAGUACCAAUUUCUGCACUUCAGCAAAGGAUGCCUUUGUGAUACUAGUGGAGAAUGCUUUGCGAGUGGCUGCUAUAAACACAGUGGGAGACUUCAUGCUCUUUCUUGGAAAGGUCUUAAUAGUGUGCAGCACAGGCUUGGCAGGGAUCAUGCUGCUGAAUUACCAGCGGGACUACACAGUAUGGGUGCUGCCCCUUAUCAUUGUCUGCCUAUUUGCAUUCCUGGUUGCCCACUGUUUUCUGUCUAUUUAUGAAAUGGUAGUGGAUGUCCUUUUCUUGUGCUUUGCCAUUGACACCAAGUAUAAUGAUGGCAGUCCUGGAAAGGAGUUCUACAUGGAUAAAGUCCUUAUGGAAUUUGUGGAGAACAGCAGAAAAGCAUUGAAAGAAGCUGGCCGGGGGAGUGGAGGUGAAGGCAAGGAGCUCAAACCAAUGGUCUCUGGAGCAAGUUCAUCUUGAAGCUGGUCAGCCAAUAUGGAAACCAUUGACAUUCCAAAACAAUAUCUAUUUCUCUCUUUCUCUAGCUAUCUCUCUUCUAUAUAUAUCUAUAUCUAUAUUAUUUAAAAAGCAGCCAAAAUCAGAGAAAAGGAACAGGGAUUUAAUACUUUUUUAAUGAUUAUUUUUGUGAAACAUGUACUCUUUUCAUACGGGUGGCUUUUACAAGCAACUUUUAUCAUUGUUCCAUUUUUAAAAAAAUCAUUGUGAUUCAUGGUGAUGUUAUGAUUGUAAUCCGAUAGAGAUUUCAAAAUUUGGAGGAGAAUUCCACAGUAUUUAAAAAUAAUAAUGCAAGAUUUUCAGAUUUGAAAUAACAUAAGUAGGUCAAAUAAGUUCCCCACAUUUUUAUUUUUAAUUAACGUAACAGUUUAGAAUUCAGUGAGUAAUGACGGUUCUGAGAGGGAAAAAAGUCCUUUGUUAGAAUUUUUUUAUUAAUUAGAAUCAGAAUGGAUAAUACAUUAAUCAUGUUGGAUUUUGUUGCUUCUUUGUAAUGGGAUACAAAUAGGAUCAAGUAAGUUUAGCAUAUUCAGAUUUUUUGUAUUAUAUAAUUUAAGACAUUUUUUAAAAAAACACACAACCCAACUCCUCAGGUAUUAAGAUAUUGAGACAGCCCCUGAAUCUGUGAAGGACAAACUAAAGAUGUAUGAGGAAGAAUGAGUUUAAUAUGCAACUUCCGUCCUGUGUUAUCUUAUUUUCCCUGUUAGGUUUAAUCUUGUCCUUUGCACAUUGUUUUUUCUUUGAACUAAGCAGAUUCUUCACUUAAACAAUUUAAUAACAAUAUUCUGAUGCUCAGCCUUAGAUAUACUCCAUUGUUGUUCAUUCAUAACAAUAUGGAAAGAUUUUAAGAGUAGAGACAAACUGUACUACUAUACAAAAAAUAAGUACUGUAAAUUGCUUGUGGUUUUUUUUUGUUUGUUUGUUUGUUUGUUUUGUUUUGUUACUGUUGACCCCAUGUCUGGGACAUAUUUCAUUAUACAUUUGGUAAUUUAGUGGAGUAUAGUAGGAAAGAGCACAUAAACAUCUUUUUGAAAUGUCACUGUCUUAGUAUAUAAUGUAGGUCUUAAAGUAGUCUCUGUAUAUUCAUGAUCAUGGGACCUGAGAGCCACAUGAAUACUUCAGAAGCUUCCAGAAAGCAAUACUUCUCUCCCAUUCCAUCUUCAUUUUUAGAAUAAUUUUUUGUAAUUGUUUUAGUAGCAUUCUAAAUACUGAGAUUAUUGCGCUCCUAAAAGUGUAUGCCUCUUACAGUGGGAUGUGGAGAAUAUCAGAACUUCUUGGGUAUGUGGAAAGUGAUUAAUUUUCUUUUGUGCCAAACCAAGAUUUGUUUGGAUGGUAGUAACAUUAUUGUUCUAAGUUUAUUUGGGAAUUGAUAAGUAUGUUUUCAGUCUUUGGUACCAAAAAUGCAAACAUAGAACUCUUACAUUGAAUCUUGAUCUUAAAUUGAUAUUGUUGGCCUUUUUAAUAUCUUCUUUUCCUGAUAACAUAGUAAACUUGAGACAGAAAGUUCAUCCAUUCAUUCAGAUGAUAAAUGGACAAUAAUCUAUUCAAAUGAUAUUUAAUGACAAAUUUAUAUGAGGAGAUACUAUUGGGGAUGUUUCUGUUUAAAGAAAUAUAUCAACAAAAUUUCUUCUCUGUGCUUAAUUGCCAAAUGUUAUUUCAUUUGUCUUAGUAAAUUACCAAUCUUUUCUCCUCUCAGAAAUAGGUAUCUUUUUUUCUUUUGCAUUCCCUGUUUUUACUCAGUCUAACCCAUGCCUCUUACAGUAUCCUCUAUCCCCUUCCCAGUUUCAUAAAAUAGUUGUCAAGUUCCAAACAAUAUAAAAGAAAGGACACAAACCUGGUCUGUUGCUGCCUUCUUUUAUUAACUUCCUGGCAUGUACUGACAGUCUCUGUUUAAUCUUUUGUUAGGGCUACAUGCCCAUGCUCCCUGCCACCUUUUAUACAAUAAACACCACCCCUCCCAUCACCCAAUCAUGCGCGUCUUUCCUCCCACGUGUCCCAGAGUAAUUACUCUCAGCAUUAAGCCAGCAUAAUAGAUACACCCCCAGCUUGCCUGCUUGCUAAAACCUCUAUCUAAUCGUCUGGGUUCUCCCUCCUCCAGCCCCCACACACUGCCUUUCAGGGCUCUUUCAGCCCUCUCUGCCAUCCUGGGUGAUGUCAUCGCCACGCCCCUCAGCUGUUUGGCAGCUACGUGGCAUCCCAGCAGUUCGGCAGGAUUUCUCGGCUGGUUGGAUUCCAGCUGCUUCUGACACAGGUGGGGUUUGGCGUGGCCCCAGAGCUUACAUCUCCCAAUGUCGUGGCAACGUUUUGGCUGCGCUUGGUGGGAUGGUGACUGUGCUGGAUGUUGGGCACGUGGAUCCCUCCGAAUGGCAGCUCCAGGCCGGCUGGCCCGCCGGAGCUGACAGUAAUGGUCUGAUAACUCUACUUGUAUCCUAAUAGAUUGUGUUAUUCUUCCAUCAGCCCUUAUCUCUAUCCCUGCCCCAACUGUAGGAAAUAUUAUCUUGGGAUUUCACUAGAAGAAAAUAGAAAAGUAAGCACAGAUAGGAGAAUAAUUCAGCAACUUUUACUACCAAUCUAUGUUGUACUUUAAAUCCAUUUGUCUUUCUGCACAACUCCCAUUCAACAUCCAUGAUAGUUGUUUGCUAUCAUAUACAAUUUGUCUCCUAUUUGACUGGAAACACAUGGAAGUCUCACUACGUUUUUCGAUCUAAAGAUGUUUAGGACCCUCAGGAUACUCUCGUAUUAAGCAUGCAUUUUGGAAAGCACAUCUUGGUUUUCCUUUGAUCAUGUUGGUUUCUGAAUAGAACUAUGAGAAGGCAUUUGGUACCAUGUCAGAUAUUUGAAUGAUUGAUCUGUAAUGGAAAUUGAUUUUUGAAACAUUCUUGAGAGUAGAUCAUCUUCAUACCCUAAUUUCACGAAGUUUCUAUCUUCUAAUAGUUGGGAUCAUUUUCUUCCAUUUUAUCAAUAGCCUUUCACUUUUAAGAUAUUACUUACUUCUGAUAUUUUCUGAAGGCUUGAUCCAUGUCCCUCAUUCAUUAGAUGGUUGACUCUUAUUCUAGAUCAGCUUUCAAGGGAUGCUCUAAGAUACAGUAUAGUCCUUGAGAUAAUCAACUUUUAUGUUAGUCAAGUUAUAACUUUAUAAGUAAUUGAGGAAGCAAUUGAGAAAACUGGCUGCUUCUUUUGCAUGGGGUUCAUAACCAGGAGACAAACUAGAAAGAUUGUUCCUGGUCAUCUCACCAAAAAUCAUUAUACACCAAAAGCUAGCAUGAUUGGGACAGAACAACUAUUUUAGAUCUUUAGGGUGCAGGAUAAUAUUUUUAUGGGGAAACAUCCUGUAGUUUGAAGUAACCAGGAACAUGUUUCUGCUUCUGGUUUUUGUAUUAGAUCAAGCCAAAAGCAUGAUUGGUAAACCUUGCUUUCCAGAAGAUUCCAGAGUUUGACAAGGCUCCUUCCCUAUUAAUAUGAAUACCAGAGACCUCUGGAAGAACUUCAUUGCCUGUUGGUAGCUUUCAUUUAUCAAGUAAUCAGUUUUGUGUGUUAAAUUCCUUUCUUCAUUCUGAAAUUUACUAUGUAAUGAAUGCUAAUAUUUCUCUGUUUGGCUUGAUGUAACGAUAAAUGCUUAUAGUGUAAUUGCAGAGAAUAAUUUCAUGAUCUGUUUUAUGCUAUAUAUUCUUUUGUUACAAUUUUUUAAAGAAACUAUUUUUGUUAAUAUAAAAGUAAAUAUUUCAGAGUAAAAUUUUUAAACUUUAUUGCACUAAAUGCAGAUGUGGAGAGAAAAAAAAAGGAAUGCCUCAGUAGUUGAAUCACUCCAGAGAAUCUUUUGGGAGAAGAGCUACUGCUCUAGGUAAGCUUAGCUAACAGUUAUGAAAAUAGGUGUAGAGACAAGGUGACUGGCUACCAGUGUUUUUAUAUAUGGCUGUUUUGAUUCUGUGCUUCCUUUCAAAGGAUGAGACCUUUUCAAACUGCUGCUGAAUGAAACAUAGCAUUCUGUAUUAACUGGUGGUCUUUGCUGUGUAACUAAAUGCUUCAGUUAAUUUUUAUAAAUCAUAUAACAUCUCAAUCUUUUCAGGCUACUUGCAAUAAAAUUCAGGACAGUUUAAAAGAAGAAUAAUCUUUUCUGUCAGUCACAUAAUCCAAUUAUGAAACUAUAAUUUUAGCAAACUAGAUUAGCCUCUGUUCCUGCUAACAUGCUGAUUUUACCAAUGUGAAUUAUGCCAUGAAAUUUCAUUUUAAGGUAGCUGACACAAAUCAAGGUUUGAAAUGCACGUCUUAGCAGGAACCAAGGUACUAGUCUAGGCUUAAUCUAGAGCACUGCUUUAAAUCUCUUUUAAUGUAAAUAUUACAUGUUACUGUAAUGAUAUUGGAGGAGAAUUAUGAGGAGGAGCCUUAAUAUACAGGAGGAAGUUUUGUAGCUUUGCCCUGGCACUUAACUUCAGAUGUAGAUUGUUGUAAGUUACUGAGGUGAUAUUUAUUGUGAAAGAAAUCUGGAUUUAGCAGAUUGAAAACCACAGCAAUUGGACCACAAACAGAAAAGGAAUGGCAAGACACUUAAGUAGCUCCUCCAAGGUUAUCUGCCAUCGAGUUCUACUUCAACAAUGACUCAAGAUAGGAGACCUGGAUUAGACUCACCACUGACAUCAUCACAAUUCCUGCAUUCCAGGUUCCACAAACUUGUGUUCCCUGCUUGCUGAAAGCCUUGAGAAAGGAGAUGCUUUUGGGUUUGAACUUGCAACUAGAAUUGUAAAGAGAAACAAAUUUUUGUAUUUUUGUAUACCUUGAUUGUGCAGCAUUUUUAUAUACAGGUCCUGUUUUACAAAUAAAAUUGGUUUCUUAA